GGUGGAAGCAGCUUUCCAGGAUCCGCCCCUGUGCGAAAUAAAAGCUAAAAGAUCUCAAGGUCGUACAAAAAAGUGUUAGCACCAUAAACCACUAAUGGGUAAAAUGUCAUUAGCACGCGCGAUUUAUAUCUGACAAAAAUUACUUCAAAAUGAAUCUUUAAUAAUUUUUGUCAAGAAAAAAGGUUACUUUCAAGCGUAAGACGUAUGUAUCAAUAUUCCUGAAUAAUUAGUUAGUUCGAAGCUACUACAGCCAUCUUAAUCGAAAAGGAGAAGAGUAUAAUUGAUGUGUCAUCUGAGUACGUCACGUUUGUCAUAAUAACAUAAAAAUGGCUGAGAAAAAGAGAGGCAAGAAGAGAAAAGAUGAGUUUGCUCAUCCAGGAGAAGAUCUAGAUGAUAAACCAACAAAAGAAGAAUUUACUGUAGCUAAAUGGAUAAGAAAAAAUGUUCAGAUUAAAAGAACCAAAUUUGCUAAUCAUAAUGUGGAAUAUUUCACAGGAGCCAGAGCAGUUGAUGCUUUGCUCACAUCCCCGUUUGCAACGCGAGAAGAUCCAUUAUUCAAAACCCGUGAAAAUAUCAGUGAUUACCUCCACGUUAUGUUAACUCAUAAAUUUUUCCAUCGAGCACGUAAAGUACCAGUUGAUGAACAAGAGCUGAAGGGAAAAAAAGGAAAGAAAAAGGAGAAGAAAGAGGAGAAAGAUAAAAAAAACGGUGAAUCGUGCGACGAUGAAAAGAAAAAGGAAAAAGAUAAGGUGACUGAUGCAGAAAGCAGUGUCGUUGAAGGCAGUAAAGAACAAAAGCCUGAUAAAGAAAAAAGAAAGAAGAAAAUCAAACUGGAAAUGCAUUUUGAUCAGAGAUUUGAGGAUAAUUUGGAUGCAUAUGUGUGGAUUUAUGAUCCAAUCCCUUUUCAUUAUUGGAUAAUUGGUACUCUUUUAGUACUGGGUGCUAUUGGAGUAUGCUUAUUCCCAUUAUGGCCCCCAUCUGUCAGAUUGGGAGUUUACUAUCUUAGUAUUGCUGCAGCCGGAUUUUUAGUAUCCAUUAUCGUUUUGGCUGUUAUUCGACUAAUAAUAUUCUGUUUGAUAUGGAUUUUAACAAUGGGAAAACACCAUCUCUGGAUACUACCCAAUUUGACAGAAGAUGUUGGAUUUUUUGCCUCAUUUUGGCCUCUCUAUACUUAUGAAUACAAAGGCAAUCAAAGCAAAAGUGAUAAAAAAUCUAAGAAAAAAAAGAAAGAUAAAGAUUCAGAUGCAGAAGAUGAUGAUAAGAAAGAUGACAAUGUAGUAGAAGAACCUCUGCAUUCAGGGGUUGCAGAUGUAACUGAGCCAGAUAAAAAUGUGGAAAACAACGGAUCCGAAAGCGAAAGUGAAUCGAGUCAAAAAUCUAGUACGGGAAAAGAUUUUGAAAUAAUAGAUCAGGAGGACGUUGAAUCCUAGGAAUAAUAUAGAGAAGAAGUUUUAAAAUAUUUGUGCACACUUUGCGGUAGAAGCAUUUCCUUAACGACAAUUUGAGCUGUUUUUGUAAUGAAUUGAAUCGUUUAAAAUAGGUCAAUAAUAAAAGGACGUGUUGAUUUUAUCAAUAAUCAUAAAAAUAGUUCAAAUAGAUCCUUUGCGUACUUUUCUGUUAGUUCAAGUUUAACUCCGGGCUGUUAUAUUUAAAUAAUGUAUUUUUUAGCCCUAGCAAAAAGGAUUUUAAUAAUUUUUUUUCUUCGUAUAUGUUAAGUGUAGUGUUAUAAUUUUAGAUGGUUUAGUAGGAAGUAAUGUAACUAACAUCCCAAUGAAACGAACACAAAUUCUAUGAAAUUUUCUGUUUUUUGAUAUUUAUCUGAUAGGUGGAGAGCGUUUUAUAUAUUUCAAACACGAUCAAUCAUCAUACCUACUUCAGAACAUAGUUCACCCUCAAAACUUUCAAUCCCUCUUGGACUCGUACCAAUAGGAAUCAGUGUUAUUUAAAUUUUUAUAUUUGGGUUCUAAGAUAAGUCGCCAUUCCAAUAUACAGAUUAUGAUGAUAAUGACUCUGCGUCUCUUAAAUCCAGUUUCUUGUAAAUGACCAUUUUGUAUGUUUUCAAUAUUGUUUACCAUAUAUUUAACAACAAAAUUACAAAAAUUUCCUUUUGGUGGUAUCAUCUAACUAUCCUUGAUGGUAGCUUUCCUAAGGAAUAUCAUCAAUAUUGUUUCCCAUAAAUGUUAUGACAAAAUUUACUAUAAAAUACCCCACUCCAUCCUUAUGGAAAUUGGUUUUUGAUCAAAGCCCCAAAACUCCGUCAAAACUACCCAGGUUCGGCCAUAGGUUAGGUUUGUCUGAUUCAUAUCGAUCCUGGUUCAAGUAGUCUUUGACGAAAUUGAAAACUGUCUUCAUCUCUUGAAAUCUUGUCUUGAACAUAUUGCUUCCUUCCAGGGUAUCCUCGGAUAUGUCAAGACUAGUUUUGAGCUUGCUUCAAACUAUUAUUGUGCCAAUUUUCAGAAAAAUUGACCGAAAUGCAAUUUCCUUAAGGAUUGAGCACUUUUUGUACCAUAACAUCUUGGUUCUCUCAAGUUGAAAUCUGUUUUUAUUUUUGUAUCUAAUAAUUUCAUAAUCAGUGUUCCCAAACUGUAAUCUGCAUAAAACGAUUCUAAAAAAAAUUAGUUUCAGAACAAUUGGCCAAAACCAAUUCCUCUCCUCCCACGGUACUUUCGAACACUUCAGGGUUAGUUUUGAAGGGGUUUUAAGGUUUUGUGCCAUUGAGACUGUUAAUUAGCUUACUUUGAACUAUUAUUGUGCCAAGUUUCAGCAAAAACUACCCGAAACCCAAUUUCCUUAAGGAUUCAGCGGGGUCUUUUCUUUUUGACUUUCCAUUUUCUAACGAAUAUCGUUUUUGGAUAUAGAAUGAAUAAACACUUUCGGAUGCCGAAGAUGAUGAUGGUGUAGUAGGAGAUCCUCUACAUUCAAGUACUGCAGAUUUAACCACUGCAAUUGGCAAUAAAAAAUCAUUUCAAAGCUUUGAAUCCAAUUAUUAUUUUUAUGGUACUUGCCAUCUUUAAUUAUGACUGGUACUUAUAACAAUAUUUCCCUAUAAAUAAAUAUACAAGAAAUAUUUCAAAGAUAUGAAUUUAUUUAUCUUUCGGGUUUAUUAAAAUUAAAAAACAUUUAUGUAUCGUGAUUGUGAUGGGGUGAAUUUUGGCUGUAAUUUUCAUUUAUACAAAUAUAUUGAUUACAUCAAGUUGAUAUUAACAAAAAUUUUUAUGUUUUUUUUAAUUUUAUUGGUAUAUUUUGUAAAAAUGAAAUUUCAUUAAGAAUAAAAUAACAUUUAUUUUUAUACUUAAAUUAUUGGAAUAAUCGUUCUAUGGUGCCUUUUUGUUACCAUUUUUUUUUCUUAUAUAAAUAAAGGGUGUUCAAAUGAAAAUUUAAUUGUUUACUAGUACAACGAAUCCAAGAUAUUCUUCCAAACAGAAAUUAUUUUCCUAGUAUACCAAUUCAAGUGAUUAAUUAGUUUGUUUUCUUGAUGUCUUCCAAAAGGUAAGUUCAUUUGCACACUUUAUGACAUAUCAUUAAGUAUCGUGAACAUUUUUAUGAUGUAUGAAUGUAUUUUAGCAACAUUUAGGUAUCAAAAAGGUAAUGUAGAACGACAUUUUAUAUAUAAAAAUGAGUUUUAUAGUAAAUAAUUGGGAUUUACUCAAGCGUUAUUGGGGUUUAAAGUCUAUAUAAUGGAAAAAAUAGAAUAUUCCAGUUUUCAGAUGUGAAACGAAAGCAACAAAUUUUCAAAAAUGGUGUCAGAUAGUACUCCACCACAGUAAAAUUAUCCUAAAACUAAUUUUUUCAAAAUAAACUGCACAUUAGUUCACUCACUAACUCGAACGGCUUGAUCCUAUUGAGCCUUCUCACUAAAUGGACAUUAUCAUUAAAUAACCUCAAAAUUCUUAUGUUGUAGUAUCAAUUGUCCUGGUCAAGAGUUUCUAUGGAGAUCAAGGCAGUACCAAGGUGCAUCAAUGAUGUUCAAAUAUCUGUUUAUAGAGAAACGGUUUGUUGUCUAUGGACAAUUUAGAGUUCUGUUCUGAAGUCUAGUAUCAAGUGUCAUUCUCACAUACUUUGCGUUUUUAAUAUAAGGAUUUUUAGCGGUGUUUCUUGUUACUAGGAUAUUUUGGUUCUUUGUUCAUAAGCUUAACGAACACAUUUAUUUUUCAUCAACUUUAUAUGUCAUCUAUCAGUCCAAGUAUUAAUCAGGUCUAUGGAUGUUUGUAAUUUCACGUUAGCUUCUUUGAUGUAUUUUCCGUUAGCCGGAAUCAGCAAACUUUGCAAUUUUAUUGUAUUCCAGGGCCUAGUACACUACCCUGAGGUACACAUAGCGUGGUAGUAACAUAGUUAACUUGUAAUUUAGGCCCUUAUGACAAACUUUGUUUUCCUUUAACGAUUUUCCGAUUACUCCAACUUUUAUCUGCAGAUCUUGUAUUUACAUUUAUUUUUCCAACAUUUAAAAUUUUGUUGCAAGUACCUAAAAAAAGUUCCCUGAAAGUUUGAGCCCUUAAUAUUAAUGUCAAGUUUAGAGGCCUGUGCUUCCUCACCGGUUCGAGUUACAGUUUGGACACUUUUGUAGAGAAUUCAAUUCUAAAACAAACCCGUCCAUGGUUAGGUUAGGGAUGCUAUGAAAUGCCAAUCAGCUAUAAAAAUAAAAAAUCGAAGUUUUCUGUGUUUUUUUUAAGAGGAAAUCUUCACACCCUUCGGUAGAUGACUUAUUAAGAGCCCAAACUUUCUGAUGGGACAGAAAAAAAGCACCCUAAUAUGCACCAACCAUAGUGAAAGUGGGUAAAAAAAUGCUUGAAUAAAUCCUAAAAUAUAAGCUUAAGCUCAGAGCCGGAUUUAGCAUUUGGCGUCCCUAAACUUAAUAUCUUUGUCCCCCUUAGUAUAAUUAAAGUUACUUUCUUGAAAAACUUAAUUAAAAAUAUAUGACAAGCUUA